AUGUCGUACGAUCAACUCUCCAACCUCGAGUCUGGGCGCUACACCGACGACCCGGUAUUUCGCGACUUGCAGUACGAGCUCAAGGGCAAACUGCAGUCCCUGCUCACCAGCAACCGCAAGCUCGCCAACGAUGUCAACGUUCUGGGCACGAAGAAGGAUUCGCCGCGCCUGAGGGAGCGUGUGAACAAUGCGAUGGAGAAGACGAGACACAUCUGCCAGGAGAUUGGCGAGGGCGUCAAGAAGCUACAGUCCUGGGAGGAGCUAUCGAAACAACAAAAAUACGAGCAGACCAAAGUUUCCAGCGACUUCCAGGCGGCGCUACAGGAGUUCCAGUCCCUGCAACGACGAGCGCUGGAGAAGGAGAAGGCAUCCGUCCAUGCGGCGCGCGUUGCACACGACGGCGAGCCUGGCCACGCUACGUCGCCCUCGGGCGGUCAACAGCAGGAGCAGCUGCAAAUGUCAGCGCCCCUCGCCGUGCAGGACGAGGUGGAUUUCCAGGAGGCGCUCAUCAUCGAGCGGGAGGAGGAGAUUCGCAACAUUGAGCAAGGCGUGGGCGAUCUCAACGUGCUCUUCCGCCAGGUGGCGCAGAUUGUGGACGAGCAGGGCGAGCAGCUCACAUCCAUCGCUGACAACAUUGAGAAUGUCCACGAUGACACGCGCCACGCCGACGUGGAGACCCGACAGGCAGCGCGGUACCAGAAGGCGGCCCGUAACAAGGGCUGCUGCCUGCUGCUCAUUUUGGCCGUGAUCGUGACCAUUGUCAUCUUGGCGGUUGUAGUCGGAUGA